CCGUCGAACAUGACCAGGAUGUCGUGAUAGUCGGGCGUACUUAAAAUGACACGAUGGUUGGGGUCCAAAAGACAAAACCCACUUUGCGACGAGGUCGCGGACCUUGAAAGCGACUCUGUCGCUCUUUCCUCCACCGAUUCGAGCAGUGCAUGCGCUGCUUGCCCUGGUACUGUGAUCUAUACGAUUCCCUCAACAAUUCGCCAUGAUUUCUCUCCUCUUGCAAUUAGGUAGUAUUAGUGUCGCUGCUGCGGCACUGAUACCUGCCGCAAUGCCUGCACCUACAGCUCCUGCAAUGCUCCCAAGGCAAGACCCUGCAAAUGGCAUUGUGGUUAUGGGAUACGAGCUCAUCGGCACGCAAGACGACGAGCCGGUCUGGUCGAUCAAGACUUUCCCUCAGUCCGACGGCUAUCUUUUUACAACAGGCAGCCUGUAUCAAUCGUGCAAAGCGUCAUCCGCUUUCGAGAUUGAUGGCACGACUACGACCUCCCCCUUGCCAAAGACAGGUUGUGAGGCGUGGACGAGCUGCUCACAUACAACGGUGUAUGGGUCUGGAGGAGUAACUAGUACCUGCGACGGAGAUUAUGGGCUUUGCUACUCGGACAUCAUGUUUACCACCUUCGGUGCUUCCGAUGCGUACACGCGUAUUUAUUGCGAUUGGACAGGCAGCCAUCCGUUGAUGUCGACGACACUUUACCAAGCGCUUCCGGCUAACGUGGAUUCAACGUCAGUCGCGUCCCAACAGGCAGCCUCCAGUAUACCUGCAUCGAAUAGCAACCCGUCCAUCUCGGCACCUACCCCGUCCCCAACGUCGAGCCCGGCCAGCGAGCAGAAUCAAUCCCCUGGUGGAAGCAGUGGUUCAGGCAGUACAGCCAUAAUCGCCGGAAGCGUCGUUGGUGGGCUUGCGGUCAUCGCAUUUGCCGGCGUCGCCAUCCUGUACAUCCUCAAGCGCUCUAAGCGCCAUCCCGCGGGUACUCCCGUCCCGUCGAGCGACGGUGAUUCCAUGAAUCCGUAUGGCACGCCAGAAAUGACUAGGAACGGAUACCCUGAGGCGCAGGCGUAUACGUACACGGCGACAAAAUACGGACACGCCAUAAACGGAGGCGAACUCGAUGGGCAGCAUGGCACCGCUGAAUUGGGCGGCAUCCCGCUUCACGAAGCAGAGGGCCGACGAUGAGGUGAAGAGAAGGAGGG